AUGAGAUUAUAUGCGCGACAAUACUCUCAAGUGGAAGGGUCUGAUUCUGUGAUAAAGAACGAUUUAUUCACUGCUGCUAAACAAUUAGUGGACAGUGAGAUUGAACUCAUAAAGACUAUAGAAAAUUCAAAAAAGAUAAAUAAUAACAAUAUUAAAAAUACCAUGUCUAUGACAAACAAAAAAUGUGUCAGAAAAUCUUCAAAAGCAUUUAAUGUUCGUCCAUCUGCUGCAUUAAUAGCAGCUAAGAAUGAGGCAGUGCAACAAAGGAUGUUACAGGAAAAAAGGUCUAACAAUGUUUUUGUGUGUGAUAUAUAUCAAAAAGCUAUUGACGCAUAUAAUACAAAAAGAAAAGAAACUGGUGUUGUAUUUGAUCAUUCUAUGGUAGAUCACAAAUGUGUUUGGGAUCCAAAUUAUCCAGAGUCUUCUGCUAGAUUUAUACAAAUUUUACAGAGAUGUGAAGAACUAGGUUUACUAAAUAGGUGUAAGUUUAUUGCACCAAGGCAAGCAACAGAGAGUGAAAUACUCCUGAAGCACACUCAAAAGCACAUAGAUAUUUUGAAGACCACUGAUGGAUGUAUAGAUCCAGAUGCUUUAGAAUUAUUCUCAUCAAAAUAUGAUUCAAUUUUUGUACAUCCUUCUACCUACAAAUUGUCCCUGUUAGCUGCUGGAUCAACAAUAAAUUUAGUGGAAAGCAUUUGCAAAGAAGAAAUUCAAAAUGGAAUGGCUAUUAUAAGACCACCUGGACAUCAUGCAAUGGAGUCAGAAUAUAAUGGAUAUUGUUUCUUUAAUAAUGUUGCACUUGCUGCUGAAAAAGCUUUAAGUAGUAAUUUAGCUAAUAAAAUUUUAAUUAUUGAUUGGGAUGUACAUCAUGGGCAAGGUAUUCAGCAAAUGUUUUACAAUGAUCCACGGGUAAUUUACUUUUCUAUUCACCGUUAUGACAAUGGUGAAUUUUGGCCAAAUCUUAGAGAAUCUAAUUUCCAUUUUGUUGGAGAUGAUUUAGGAGAGGGAUAUAAUUUUAAUGUGCCACUUAAUAAAACUGGUAUGACCAAUGCUGAUUAUUUAGCCAUAUUUCAGCAAGUCUUAUUGCCAAUGGCCUAUGAGUUUCAACCAGAUCUUGUAAUAGUGUCAGCUGGUUAUGAUGCAGCCUUGGGUUGUCCAGAGGGUGAGAAUUUGGUAACACCUCCUUUUUAUGCUCAUUUAUUAUCAUCAUUGUUGAGUCUGGCCUCUGGGAAAGUUGCAGUUGUAUUAGAGGGUGGUUAUUAUUUGAGAUCACUAGCUGAGAGUGCAGCAUUGACACUACGUGCUUUGCUAGGUGAUCCAUGUCCUAUGUUACAAACUCUUGCAUUACCUUCAAUAAGUAUACGCGACACGAUUUUAAAUACAAUUUAUGCACAUAAACCAUAUUGGAAAUGCUAUCAGUAUCAAGAGACAUACAGUAUUAAUAGUACAACAAAUAAUAAGGAAGAUAAUAGUAAUCCACAUUUACCUGUAGUUACAUUCAAAGGAACUGAUGUUAAGGAAGAAGUGUACGAAACUCGAGAUUUUUAUCCAAUUCAAAGUAAAGAAGUUAUUGAAAUGAUAGAAAAGGAAUUAAAUGAAUUAGCGCAAUUUACUAACUUAUCUAAAGCGCCUAACAGGGUGUGCAUUGUUUAUGAUGAUAGAAUGUUAAAACACUGUGAUAUAUUUGAUGAUAGUCAUCCAGAAAAACCAGAACGUAUUAACGUUAUUUACAAAAAAUAUCAAGAAUAUAAUUUACUUGAUCGGUGUUACAUAAAACAGGGCCGAAGUGCAACAAUGGAAGAAUUAUUAUUAGUUCACUCAAAAGAGUAUGUAAAUAAGAUAAAAGACACAGAAAAUUUAAAACCGAAAGAUCUCGAAAAGGAGGCAAGAACCUAUAACUCGGUUUAUUUGCAUCCUGAUACUUGGACAAGUGCCUGUGUAUCUACUGGAUCACUAUUACAAGUAGUUGAUAGUGUGUUAAAUGGAGAAAGUCAGUCUGGUGUUGCUAUUGUAAGGCCUCCAGGGCAUCAUGCUGGAGCAGAUACAGCAUGUGGUUUUUGCAUUUUUAAUAAUAUUGCUGUAGCAGCUAGAUAUGCCAUAGAAUUUCAUCAUGUAAAGAGAGUAUUGAUAGUAGAUUGGGAUGUACACCAUGGUAAUGGAACUCAAUCCAUUUUUUAUAAAGAUCCCAGAGUUCUCUAUAUAUCUGUUCAUCGUUAUGACAAUGGCAAUUUCUUUCCAAAUUCUAAACGAGCCAAUUAUACUUACGUUGGUUCUGAACCAGCAGAAGGUUUCACUGUUAAUAUACCAUGGAAUAAGAAAGGAAUGGGUGAUGCAGAAUAUAUUGCAGCAUUUCAACAAGUAGUAAUGCCAAUUGCCUAUCAAUUUAAUCCAGAACUAAUUUUAAUUUCGGCGGGUUUCGACGCAUGUAUUGGCGACCCUCUUGGAGGCUGUUUUGUAACACCAGAAAUGUAUGGACAUUUAACACAUUGGUUAUCCUCUUUAGCUAAUGGUCGUGUUAUUCUUAGCCUUGAAGGAGGCUACAAUAUUAAUUCAAUUGCACAUGCAGUGGCCAUGUGUACAAAAUCUCUGCUUGGUGAUCCUCUACCAAUGUUAGAAAGUGGAAAAAUUCCAUGUGCAAGUGGCAUUCACACCAUAAAUAAUGUUUUAAAAAUACAAAAACAAUAUUGGCCGAAUUUAGUGUUUAAUGUAUCCUUACCAAAAGAAAAUGUGCUUCCCAAGGCUAAAGUACCGCAUAUAAAAACAACUGUAUCUAUUAAUACAAAAACAACUGCAUGUGUUAAUGCAAAAACAACUGAAUGCAAGAUAGCAUUGGAAGAAAUUGAAAACGAGAAAAUGCAGAACAAUCGGAGUAAAGGUUUUUCUGUUAUGAGGCACAUAAAUAGCAUUAAAGCAGAAGAUAUGGACGAAUUAUGUGAGAAGUUUGAAAAUGUGACAAACAAUUUCUAUGGGAAGAUUGAUGCCUAUAAUGAGAAAGUUUCCGUAUGUACAAAUAAAUGCGUAAAUCAAGAUGGAAAAGAAGAAUUUUGUAAUAAACAUUUUACCAGUUCUACUGCUGGUAGUAGUGGUGAACAAAAUGAAGGAGCAGCUGCGCGAUCAAGCAACAACAGAAAUUUACGUGAUUAUCUUUCUGAAAAUUUGCAAGCGUUAGUAGCUGAGGAGAUGUUCGCGGUAAUACCUUUACGAGAAUGUCCACAUCUAGAUACUGUCAGGGAUGUACCACCUUCAGGAAUUGAUGUUCGUACACCAUGUAUGGAAUGUGGAAGCAUUGUUGAAAAUUGGAUUUGUCUACAGUGCUAUACCGUUCAUUGUGCGCGUAGUAUUAAUCAACAUGGUAUAUGGCAUGCUGAAGGAAUGGAGCAUCCAUUGGCUCUGAGUUUCAGUGACUUAUCAGUCUGGUGUUAUAAUUGUGAGGCAUAUAUAGAUAAUCCGCGAUUAUUUGCUGCACGUAAUGCUGCGCAUCAGAGUAAAUUUAACGAGGAAUUGCCAUGGACGUAUGAUGAAGAUUGAAAUGGAAAUGUAUUACAAAA